UUGAUCCUAAAUAUAAUAAAAAAUCACAUUCAAUCCUCUUACAACUUGAGUUUAAAUUAUACCAACAAAAUAAAAGUAAAACUAAAGUAAAAUGAAUUUUACACCUUUUGGCAAUCCAUUUACCGGCUCCUUACCAGGAAUAUCCCAAUUUACAACCACAACUGCACCAUUAGUGUCUACAGUAACAGCUGCUGCAGCUGCAGUUGCAACGGUUACAUCAGCGAAUAAUCAACAGCAACAAGACGCUGUUGCUAGCAGUAGUAUUCGUUAUCAACAGCAACAACAGCAGCAGCAGCCACAAAACACAACCGUUAAUAUGACACAUUUUAAUCAACCGACAAUACCUGUUGCUGCAGCAACGACUGUUACAACAAUACCAGCAAAAUUUCGUACCACCACAGAUGAUCAACAAGGUGAUAAAUAUAAUGGUCACUUAGUGCUAGGUGCAACAGGUACUGUUCCUACAAAUAAUACAGCACCUCAGCAACAGCAGCAACAGCAACAACAACAUCAGUACACAACUAUACCAGCUUAUACGCAGCAACAAACUGAAGACAAACGAUUAGUAGCAGCAGCAAUUGCUUAUCCUCAAAAUACGAUCACUGCCUCGACGUCAACAGUAACAGCAGCUACAAUAGGUCUAAGUGCAGGAGGUCAACCUGGUACUUCAACUCAGCAAUUACAACAGCAAGUGGUGCCGCAGGAGCUGACACAGGACUUAUGCAAUGCAUUAUUGCAACAACAAGGUGUGGAUACAAAGAGGGUGCUACAAAAUACUUCCUGGCAAUCUCUUACUCCUGGCACUACAGUUGCAGAUUAUCUGUCACAUCUUCCAGCGAAUACAUUGCCGCUAUCACUGCAUCAUUUCCUAAAAUACUCCGCAGAAAAUAUUAAAAAAGAAAAUCAAAAUGUAGUCUUACAAGUACAAACGGGACCACCCAUAGGCAUAAACACAAUAGGCACAACUACAAUAACAAUACCUCAGCAACAACAGCAACAACAACCGCAAGCAACAGCACAAAUACAAACUCAACAACAAACACAACUUCAACAACAACAACAACAGCCUCAACCAACAAUACAACUUCAAACGACUGAUUUACCAACAACCACAGUUGUGGUAGCCUCCACUUCGGCAGCUGCUGGAGCUACAAACACAACCAAGAAGAAGAAGCGUAAAAAGCGUCCAAAGGAGAGGAAACCAAAAUUACGUCCUGGAGAGAUACGACUUACAACAGCACUUGAUGGUAGCCCACUGUAUAUGUGUCCAGAAUGUCAAGUAGCUUACCCUGAACCAGAUUUAUUAGAAAUACAUUUAGUAGGACAUAAUCUAGAGCGACGUUACAUAUGCGAUAUUUGUCAGGCGGCACUAAAACGAAAAGAUCAUUUAACACGCCACAAACAGUCCCAUAACCCGGAACGUCCAUUUAUAUGUACAGUUUGUUUGAAGGCCUUCAAGAGAAAAGAACAAUUAAGUCUGCAUUUUGUGAUACAUUCUGGUGAAAAAAGACAUUUGUGUCAAGAAUGUGGUAAAGGCUUUUAUCGUAAGGAUCAUCUGCGUAAACACACACGAUCGCAUAUAGCGAGAAGAGUGAAAGCCGAACUGAGUAUGCAAAAUCAAAGUGAAAAUGGUACAAGUAUGUUACAACCAGUGGUGACAACGACAAUAACAACAGUUCAACAAACAACGCAGCAACAACAACAACAACUCAAUAUACCACAACAACAGCUUCAGCAAAAUAAUCAACAGCAAGUGCAACAACAACAGCAGCAACAUCAAUUGCACACACAACAAUUGCAACAACAUCAUGUUGUUGUAACUCAACAGCAACAGCAACAAGCUCAGCAACAGCAACAGCAGCAACAGACGCAAAUGCUUAAUUAACCCAGUGGCAACGAUUUUUGCAAAAUCACUUAAAAAGUGAAUGAAAACUUUUGCAAAAAUUCAAUUUAAUUAGAAAUUAUU